AAUCUCAGGAGGAAUUCUGUUUCUUGUAAUCACAGGAAUGUUAGAUAGAGUCCUAACCAAGAAGUCCCAAAAAGACUUGUGGUUUGAGGUCAAUAAUCAAAUCCUUAACGCUCUUUUCACUCUCAUGUGCCUAUACCAGCACCCAAAGAGGUUCCACCACCUAUUUCUCCUUUGUAGGUGGAAACCCACAGACAUUUCUAUCCUCAGAAAAGCAUAUUCCAAGAAUGGAACUUACAAGCCUAACGAAAGGGCCCACAUGAUGGCCGUGGUGGUGUUACUUCAUGUGAAUUGCUUUGCUCAGUAUGCUUUAUGUGGCCUUAACUUGGGUUAUAAAAGAUCAGAAAGACCUAAUGUUGGUGUUGCCAUUUGCCUCUCCAUUGCCAUUGCUGCUCCAGCAAUAGCAGGCCUUUAUGCCAUUUUUGGCCCUCUGGGGAAGGAGCAUGAAGAGGCUCAGAACUAUAAUUCGGCCAACAAUGGCAUUAGCUUAUCAGAGAAAAGAUUGUCAUCUACAUCAAGAAAUGAGGAGACUGGUGGAUUUGUCCAACCUGCACUGUCUUCAUUGCCUCGUGAAGACAAAGCUACUCAGUUCAGAACAAUGUAGACUUAUCCAAUGUGGAGUAGUCCUAGGUUGUGCAAGAUCUGACAUGGUGGACCAAAAGAUUUGGAGGUUUCUAGAGGAACAAACCAUUGUGCUGUGGAAGCUCGCAUCCCAAAGCACAUAUAAUGUGGUGCAGAUGAAUCUAUUGCGGUGUAUUAAUUAUAUAUGGUGAGGUGUCAUCAAUGGAUUCGAAACUAUUGUGCAUUUCCUGCAGCAGUUUCUUGUUUAAUUCUU